AUGACCAUCGUUGAAGUGGACGGUUAUUAUGUGAAGCCGGUCGUCGUGAAGAAUCUGAAUAUUUAUUCCGGCGAGACUUACUCAGUCAUAUUGAAAGCUGAUGAAGACAAAUCCAGAAACUAUUGGGUGGCGCUCAAUGUGGUCAGUCGAAAACCUAACACCCCAACUGGUACUGCCAUUCUGAACUACUACCCCAACCAUCCCCUUAAGCCGCCGCCGACAGCCACCCCCAUAGGCCCACCUUGGAACGACACCUUGUAUAGAUUCAACCAAAGCAAGUCCAUUGUCUCCCACCCCAACUUUAUCGAGGCACCACCACCCACAUCCGACCGCCUCAUCAUCCUCCUCAACACCCAAAACAAGAUCAAUGGCCAUAUCAAAUGGGCACUCAACAACAUCUCCUUCACGCUGCCGACCACCCCUUAUUUGAUAGCCAUGAAGAGUCAGAUGCAACAUGUCUUUAGCCAAAAACCAGCUCCAGAGACUUACGACUAUAAGAACUAUAACAUCCAUGUUGUUUCAAGCAACCCUAACACAGUUUCCAGCAAUUCAGUCUAUAGAUUGGAGUUUGGUUCCACGGUGGACGUCAUCCUGCAGAAUGCGAAUACGUUGAGUGCUAACAACAGUGAGACUCAUCCAUGGCAUCUACAUGGGCAUGAUUUCUGGGUUUUAGGGUAUGGAAUGGGUAAAUUUGAUCCAGAGGUGGAUUCAAAGAAGUAUAACUUGUUUGACCCGAUUCAGAGGAAUACUGUACCAUUGCACCCUUAUGGGUGGACUGCGCUGAGGUUUAGGGCUGAUAACCCUGGGGUUUGGGCUUUUCAUUGUCAUAUUGAAGCUCACUUCUUCAUGGGAAUGGGGGUUGUUUUUGAGGAAGGGGUGGAGAAGGUAGGCGAGCUCCCUAGUUCUAUUAUGGGAUGUGGAGAGUCCAAGCAUCUGAGAAGGCGAGCUUAAAAUGGGCGUUGGGGUUAGGCCUUUCUUUUCAGCGCCACGCAUCGUUGUUCUUAUUAUUUUUUGUGAUGACAUAAUUAUAAGUAUAUUUUGCAAGUGAAAUAUACAUGGUGAUUUGACAAAU